GCUCCCCCCCUUGUUCCCCCUCCCCGGUCCCGGUCUCUGGGCAGCUCCCGGCGCGGAGCGCCUGAGCCGCUGCUGGCACGCGGGGAGAUGCAGCGCGGAGCGGGGCACUUAUCCAACAGCUCCUCCGGCGGGAGAGCCAGCGGCAGGCUCCCCUCGGCUUCCUCGGGCCGCCGCCAUGCAGCGAGGCAGGGUGCUGGCGGCGCUGCUGUGCGCCGCGCUGCUCCCGCUCCCCUCGGACGCCGCCAAAGCUCCCAAACGGCCGGCUCGGCCCCGGAGCUGCGGCGAGCGGCCCGAGGAGCUGCUGGAGCAGCUGUACGGGCGGCUGGCCGCCGGCAUGCUCAGCGCCUUCCACCACACCCUGCAGCCCGAGCCGCCCGGCCGCCAGCACAACGCCAGCUGCCCGGCGGGGACACGGCCGGCCGGCGACAAGAGGCUCCGGCUGCCCGUCAACCUGCGCAGCGCCUCGCCCUGGGCGUACAGAAUUUCAUACGAUCCCACGAGAUACCCUAAGUACAUUCCUGAAGCGUACUGCCUGUGCAAGGGCUGCCUCAUGGGGAUCUUCGGCGAGGAGAAUUUUCACUUCCGCAGCACCCCGGUGUACAUGCCCACCGUCAUCCUCCGCCGCACCUCGUCGUGUGCGGGGGGCCGCUACGUGUACACGGAAGACUACGUCACUAUCCCAGUGGGCUGCACUUGUGUCCCCGAGCAAGAGAAAGAGGCCGAAAGCGUAAAUUCCAGCAUAGAUAAGCAAGAAAUGAAGUUGCUUGUAAACCAGAACAAGCCAUCAUCAGAAUGAAGAGGGUAUGAGGAAUCAUCUGUACAGGAUUCACAUCGUUUCACCACCUCAGGAAACUGCAUGACAGCAGAACACACACCAGCUUACCCUGAUUCCCUACUUGCAGUUAUUUCAGUUGUAAGAUGGAAAUUUUUGUCCUGUUGCUCAGAUCAUUAGCGACAGCAAUUCAUACCAAGAACUUCUUUAGCUCAUGUGAGUAUUUGUUGCAAAUUCCAGUGUAGCUUCUUUUUUCUUUUUCUUUUUUUCCUUAGAGCAGAACAUUUUAUUCUUGCUUAUUCACAAUUAAUUUUAGAUGAUGCCAAUGUACGACAUGCUAUCUAUUACUGUAGCAGACUACUGGUUGUAGAUAUUUUGAAGGAGUCUCUUAUACUCUACUUUUAAAUACUUUUAUAUAAAGAUCACACAGCUAC